AUAUUUGACAUUUGAGAUUUGAGGUUAUCUGUGUCUGAAGGACGUUCAUUUUUUGCUAAAUCCAGAUUCACAAUUGUAUUACUAUUUAUUAUAAUGAAUACAAGUACAAAAAUACUUAGAUUCAAUGUACUUAAACAUUUUCGUUUAAUGUCACAAUUAGGCGAUCUGGGAAGCGGAGCCGGCAAGGGAGGUGGCGGCGGUGGGAGUAUUAGGGAAGCCGGUGGAGCUUUUGGGAAGCAAGAAGCGGCUAGAGAGGAAGAAUAUUUCUACAAACAGCAAAAGGAACAGUUGCAGAAACUAAAAGGGGAUUUGAAGGACGAGAUUAGUUUCCACGAAGAACAAAUCAAGAGACACCAAGAGGCCAUUGCCCGCCAUAAGAAUCGAGUUGAUGAGAUUGAGAAGCAGUAAUUAUUACAUUUGAAUGUGAUGUCCAGCCAAUUAGAACCACCAAUACAGUUAACAUGAUGGGAUACUGAUAAAGGGAGGAAAACUUGAACCACCUGUAUACAACCAUCUUGUUAACAGCAGAUUAUAUCAGUUCUCUUUAUGUGAUUCUGAGUAAUAGUAUGUUUUGUAUUUUAUUUGGCUGGGCAGCAUUUUAGUUGAACAUAAUAUGAAAAUGUUCAUGUAAGUCUCUCAUUGCUUAUACCAUGCUAUUAUGUCUGAUACAAUAUAGAAAAUGUUUUUAA